AAGGCCACAGUUGUUAAACAAGGCCGCCUUGAUUUUGAAUUCUCUUUCAACAGCCGAUUUCCGUCCUUAUAAUUCUCACACAUGUGUUAUUUUUGAUCGAUCUCAAAAUGUGGUAUAUUCCAAUCUGUGUGAUUGUCUUGGUGGGGCAAUCGCUCGCCCAGUUGCCGCCCAUAGACCAGUCCAAGAAAGAGGUUCGUUUCUGUGUGAUCAACGAUGCCGAACUGAAGAAGUGUGAGGCAAUGAAAAAGGCCGUUGCAGCUGAAGCUUGGGCUAAAGAUAAAUACGAGGUUGUCUGCAUCAGUGGUCCAGCUAUCACUGACAAGUUCAAAUGUAUGGAGUUGAUUGAGUUCCAAGAUGCAGAUGUCAUGACGGUAGACUCAGGGGAACUUGUGCUGGCUGGAAGAAGAUUUCGUCUUGUUCCGAUUGUAGGAGAACAGUAUGGCACCAAAAGUGACUACUAUUCAGUGGUAGUUUUAAAAGCUACAGAUAUAUUGAUGACUGCUGACUACACCGGUCGCCAGUAUGAACGACUCCAAGAUUUACAGGGCAAGAGGGUUUGCUCACCAGGCAUGGGGACAGCAGCUGGAUGGGUUCUACCCAUCUCCAAAAUGUUCGAGCAAGGUUUCAUCAAAGUUACACGUUGUAAUGUCCAUGUACAACAGGUGUCCAAAUUCUUUGGUGAGAUGUGCAUCCCCUCUGCGCUGAUUGCAUACUACAAUCCUUACGGUAUCAACCCGAUGAAGGUCUGUGACCUGUGUAAUAAGAAGAUCUGUGACACCAACGACUUGUACUCUGGGUUCGAUGGUGCCUUUGACUGUCUUCAGAAGGGGGUUGGGCAGGUGGCCUUCUUGAAAGAUUCCACCGUCCGCAUGGCAUUGGGCAACGACUCAAGUGAGACGCUGAAUGACUACCGCCUUCUCUGCAGCGACGGGAGUGUUGCAACCAUGGAAAAUUACAUGGCAUGUAACUGGGGCAGGGUCAAAAGCAAUGCAGUCGUCGGUUAUGGCAAAGCUGACCACUUGAACAAACUCAAAAUGUUCUUCAAGGAGCUGAGCCGUGCGUUCUCCGCACCAGCCACAACCAGUGAUGGCUUCUCGUUAUUUGACUCCUCCCCCUAUGGUGGCCACAGCAUCCUCUUCUCAGAUGACGCCACAGACCUGAUCGACGUUGGUUCAAGAGACACUUAUCACAAAUAUGUCAGUGAUGAUUACAUGAAACGCCUCAACUCUCUUGAAAUCUGUCCCGUCAAAUCCGUCCGAUGGUGCACAACCUCUGAGGACGAGAUCAACAAGUGCUCAGCGAUGGUUCUGGGCAUCCAAAGCAAGAGUCUGAAACCCGAUCUUCGCUGUGUGAUGGGGAAGAAUGCUCUCGACUGUAUGCAAAAAAUUCAAGAUGGCGAUGCUGAUUUGAUCAAUCUCGAUGCGGCAGAUACUUACGUGGCCGGAAGAUACUAUGGACUUGUGCCAAUAGCAGCAGAAGAUUAUGGUGACGACACCAUGUCUUACUAUGCUGUGGCAGUUGCCAAGAAGUCAACUCCUGAAAUCACUAUUUUCAACCUAAAAGCAAAGCGAGCGUGUUUCUCUGGAGUGAACAUGGCCGCUGGUUGGGUGAUUCCGGUGUUCACCCUGAUCGAGACUCAGCAGAUUUUGCCAGAAACAUGCAAGCUCUAUGAUGCCAUGAGUGAAUUCUUCUUCAGAGCUUGUGCCCCUGGUAUAUUGGAGAAACAGUAUAAUCCAAGACAGGUUGGUCUGAACAUGUGUGAGGCCUGUGCUGCUGGUAGUUCAGAUAAAUGUAAGAGAACCAGUCGUGAACAAUACUUUAGUGACAGUGGCUCCUUCCGUUGCCUUGUUGAAGGUGGUGGGGAAAUUGCUUUCACACGAUCACUGGCCGUCCGGGACAACACAGAUGGGCGUAAUCAGGAUAUUUGGGCCAGGAACCGUCGCUCCGAUGACUACGAGCUGUUGUGCAGGAAUGGUCACAGGAUGGGCAUAGACCAGUGGAAAGACUGCAACUUGGCAAAGUUGCGGUCUCCAGCGAUUGUCACUGCAGGUUAUAAAUCUGAAGAAGACCGUGAGAUAAUGUGGGAACUCUUGGACUAUGCUCAGAAUUACUUCUCUGGAGAUGCAAAUGACCAAUUUACGAUGUUCGAUUCCGGUUUGAACAAGCACGAUUUGAUGUUUUCUGACUCCGCCGUGAAAUUACUCAAGAUCCCCAAGGAGGAACAAAACUACAAAAAGUGGCUGGGCGAUUACUUUGACCGUCUCAUGCAGAUGCUGCAUAGAUACCAGUGUGGUUCUGUCACAGAUAGUUCACCUGCAUCAUCUACUAACACUUCCUUGGUCAAAUAUUUUGUCACAUUAAUAGCCAUUUUAACUUCAACAGCUUUGUUACUUUAAUUGACUCAUUUUCAUCCAUCCUGCCAUGAAUGUAUAAAAUGUGUGUGUGCUUAUAGGAAUUCUGAACGUUAAAAUGUCCGGACCAUAAAAUGUUAAGCAUUGGUUGUUAGUUGUUUUAUGAAAUUCAAUUGGGCCUGGGGACAAUUUCCCAGGAAAUAGGCCCUCAUGGGAUGGAAACAUGACAUGUGUUCAGAAUUCCUUCUCUGCAAUAUCGUAGUUUAAAACUUCUUGCUCUUAUAUGUAUAUUACUACAUGUACAUAUCUCUUAACUUUGAUACUAUAAAGUUGCACUAGAUUAUCACAAAAUGCUAUAGAAAAACGUAUGUUCAGUCCAGGUAUUGCGCAUAAAACUCCCAUCUUAUAUUUAUUUUAUGAUUGAUACUUUAUAUGAUAAUGAGACAUCACUUUUGUAUCUGUACAUAUCAUUUGAGCACUUUUAUCUGUAUAUUUCUGAUCAUGUCCAAAACUUUUUACUUCCGUAGUGUUUCUGAUCAGUUUUUUGGCUCAGAUGCAAACCAUAUCAUAAUGAACUAAAUCCAAAAGACUAGUUGUUUAUUUUUACUACGGUACUACUGAAAACUGCCUAAUUAUCAUCCUCUAUUUUUGCAAUUUUUAAAAAUUUCUUCAAAAAAAUAAAAUGUUCACCCAAGAUUACAGUUCUUUUCCCCCAUUUUUUGGGGUGAACACAGGAGUACCGAAGGUUUUUCCUGAAAUCUGUGAAAACAUGGAAAAUAAAAUUCUCGCUGAAAGUUAGGCAGAUUACACCAUUUGUAACUUGAAAUGUAAAUAAUGUAUAUUUUAACAUAGAUAGACACAGUGUAGGUGAUGUUUUGUAUAAUAUAACAUAGAUAGACACAGUGCAGGUGAUGUUUUGUAUAUUUUUGAUCGAAAUUGAUUGCGUCCAUUUUUUCUUAGAAUCAUAUUCCAUCCCAGGUUGUGUUGGUGAGGGGUUAAGAUAGUUGUUACAUUCAAAUACAUUCCAUCCUCAGUUGUGUUGCUAAGAGGAUACAUGUACAUGUAAUGGUUACAUUCCAUCCUAGGUUGUGUUGCUAAGAGGAUACAUGUACAUGUAAUGGUUACAUUCCAUCCUCAGUUGUCUGGCUGAAGGGAUUACUGAUUACAUUCCAUCCUAAGGUGUGUUAAUUGGCGGUUAAUUUCUAAUUUUGCUUGGGAACGUUUUGAUUGGAAUCAAAAAGACCUUGUGCCUAAUUCCAUCCUUUUCUUUGAUAUUCGAAAAUAAUAUUAGAUGAGUGGAACUUGAGUAUAUGAUAGAAAUGCAGUGUUGAUGUUAUUAUUACUUCACAAAUUUAUACACGAUAUCCAGACUACCCCCAGGCUGACUGCCAUGUUUCGGUGAUUUGACUGGAUAAUUUCCACGCAAGGUCUCUUGUCUGGCAUCAUUGAUGCAUUCCUGACGUCAUCUGACCAUAAUAUCCUGGGAAUUUUGUAUUUCCAAUUCAGUCUUCUCAGUAAGAUGACGUUCUGAUUUAAUUGUUCAUUUACAAAUUCAUUGAUUGAAUGUAACCCUGAAUGGAUCAAGUAUUAAUUUUUACUACCUGAUGGAUGUAUAGACAUUUUAUAGACUUCAAAUCAUGCUUUGUGUAAAACACUUUUAUAAUGGUCCAUUUAUUUGAAAUUGUAUUAUGGAUGAAAAUUAAAUAUUUCUAUAUACGAAA